AUGAGAGGUUCACAACGACAGCCGCUCAGAGGAGCCUGCAGUGAGAGAGGAGUCAGAGGAGAGGGUCAGAGGAGAGGGUCAGAGGAGAGGGUCAGGAGAGGGUCAGAGGAGAGGGUCAGAGGAGAGAGUCAGAGGAGAGAGUCAGAGGAGAGAGUCAGAGGAGAGGGUCAGAGGAGAGGGUCAGAGGAAAGAGUCAGAGGAGAGGAGGAGAGGGUCAGAGGAGAGGAUCAGAGGAGAGACAGAGGAGAGAGUCAAAGGAGAGAGUCAGAGGAGAGAGUCAGAGGAGAGAGUCAGAGGAGAGAGUCAGAGGAGAGAGUCAGAGGAGAGGGUCAGAGGAGAGAGUCAGAGGAGAGAGUCAGAGGAGAGGGUCAGAGGAGAGAGUCAGAGGAGAGGGUCAGAGGAGAGAGUCAGAGGAGAGACAGAGGAGAGACAGAGGAGAGGGUCAGAGGAGAGAGUCAGAGGAGAGAGUCAGAGGAGAGAGUCAGAAGAGAGAGACAGAGGAGGGGGUCAGAGGAGAGAGUCAGAGGAGAGGGUCAGAGGAGAGGAUCAGAGGAGAGAGUCAGAGGAGAGACAGAGGAGAGGGUCAGAGGAGAGAGUCAGAGGAGAGGGUCAGAGGAGAGGGUCAGAGGAGAGGGUCAGAGGAGAGGGUCAGAGGAGAGAGUCAGAGGAGAGAGUCAGAGGAGAGAGUCAGAGGAGAGGAUCAGAGGAGAGAGUCAGAGGAGAGGGUCAGAGGAGAGACAGAGGAGAGAGUCAGAGGAGAGGGUCAGAGGAGAGGAUCAGAGGAGAGAGUCAGAGGAGAGGGUCAGAGGAGAGAGUCAGAGAAGAGGGUCAGAGGAGAGUCAGAGGAGAGACAGAGGAGAGGGUCAGAGGAGAGAGUCAGAGGAGAGAGUCAGAGGAGAGAGUCAGAAGAGAGACAGAGGAGAGGUCAGAGGAGAGAGUCAGAAGAGAGACAGAGGAGAGGGUCAGAGGAGAGAGUCAGAGGAGAGGGUCAGAGGAGAGAGUCAGAGGAGAGAGUCAGAGGAGAGAGUCAGAGGAGAGGAUCAGAGGAGAGAGAUCAGAGGAGAGGAUCAGAGGAGAGACAGAGGAGAGACAGAGGAGAGAGUCAGAGGAGAGAGUCAGAGGAGAGGAUCAGAGGAGAGAGUCAGAGGAGAGGGUCAGAGGAGAGACAGAGGAGAGGAUCAGAGGAGAGACAGAGGAGAGGAUCAGAGGAGAGACAGAGGAGAGGAUCAGAGGAGAGAGUCAGAGGAGAGAGUCAGAGGAGAGACAGAGGAGGAUCAGAGGAGGAGAGAGAGAGGAGAGAGUCAGAGGAGAGAGUCAGAGGAGAGAGGAGAGAGUCAGAGGAGAGGUCAGAGGAGAGAGUCAGAGGAGAGAGUCAGAGGAGAGAGUCAGAGGAGAGAGUCAGAGGAGAGAGUCAGAGGAGAGAGUCAGAGGAGAGAGUCAGAGGAGAGAGAGGAGAGGUCAGAGGAGAGAGUCAGAGGAGAGGUCAGAGGAGAGGUCAGAGGAGAGAGUCAGAGGAGAGAGUCAGAGGAGAGAGUCAGAGGAGAGAGUCAGAGGAGAGAGUCAGAGGAGAGGACAGAGGAGAGACAGAGGAGAGAGUCAGAGGAGAGAGUCAGAGGAGAGAGUCAGAGGAGAGAUCAGAGGAGGAGACAGAGGAGAGAGUCAGAGGAGAGAGUCAGAGGAGAGAGUCAGAGGAGAGAGUCUCCUUCAGAGUUCCACUGGGUUCUUAUGCAUUAA